CUUCCAAGACAUAGUGAUGCCAAUGGCGAAGCAAGAUUUACAGCAUAUUCAGCAAAUCAAGGUCGGACCGCACGAGGUUCUCUUCGAUACCCCGACAACGUCACAGUGAGUCUGGCCCAUUCAGCUGAACAUGUAGUUGCAGGAGCUUCUAACCAAACGAAAACCAGUUUUGAUUUCUUCUUCAGUGCCAACACGAGCACCCAACCUAGCAGCGUCGGUGAAUUUGAAAAAGAAAAACUAGGUGGGAUGACGAGUGCAGACACCAUUAGCCCUUCUGGACAGGAGAGGCAUGAUGAAACUAGAUGCGUCCCACGAGAAAAUAUAAUGUACCUCAAAACCCACAAGACCGGGAGCUCUACAUUACAGAAUAUCAUUUAUCGCUAUGGUGAUGCUCAUGGGCUGACGUUUGCCCUACCAAAAACAGGUGUACAUCUUGGGACGCCCUCAUUGUUCAACCGGACUCAUCCUGUCAAGUCGCCCUCAGGAAAAUACAACAUACUUGCCAAUCAUGCAAGAUAUAACCGUCCCGAAAUGGCCGAGAUCAUGUACAAGAACGCAGCAUAUGUGACCAUCAUCCGGCAUCCCUCCACCCAGUUUGAAAGUAUGUAUGCCUACUAUGGAUUCCAACGUAACUUCAAUGUGACCUUGAAAGGGUUUGCGGACAAACCACAGACAUAUUAUAGAAGAGAGAUAACUGAUCCACACCACACCGCACUCAACCCGACGCUGUAUGACCUAGGAAUGCACAAACAGGAAAUGGCCGAUGAGGGCGGUAUUCGGAAUAAAAUUGCUACUUUGGAGGAUGAUUUCGAUUUAGUCCUAGUUGCAGAGUAUCUUUUGGAAUCCUUAGUCCUCUUGAGAGAGUUAAUGUGUUGGGAUUUGAGCGAUAUGACCUACUUCUCAUCCAGAGUAAGAACGAAAUCAGAAGAGGACAAGAUGUCCGAGAGAACGUUUGAACAACUUUACAAAUGGAAUCAUGGUGAUGCCCUUCUUUAUGAACAUUUUAACCGAACGCUGUGGACAAAAAUAAAGGUGUAUGGUCAGAAAAGGAUGGAAAUCGAUGUGAUGAAGUUAGAAAAAAUGAUCAAAGCACUAAAAGACAAAUGUCUGGAUGGGACCACAUUUUUUAAAAAGGUCACUCACUAUGUUCUAAGAGAAAGUAUGAGGGACAAUGUCCAGUGCAUUAGAAUGAUUAGACCUGCUUUUAAAUAUCUACAAACACUCAGAGAGAAGCAAGGAAUACCGAUUGGUUAAAAGUUUGAAACUAUAUCGUUGCUUUACAAGAAUGUUUGUUAGCCAGUUAUCCAUUUCUUUAACAGGGCUAUAAAUUCAUGUUGUUUGUUAAUUAAUUUUGACCAUUUUCUCUUUUAUGAUGGUUUACGUUUCUAUUUAUUAUUUUUUUUCACAAGGACCUUAUGCAUGUGACGUCAUAAUCUCAAAGCGCCCUCCUACAGAGGAAAUGGGAAUAUGCGUGAAUGUAGUUUUCAGAGAUGUGCCAGCUGCACAUCACCAAGGCACGCAAGGCAACAUCAGUGAAAAUAUCCUUUAAAAUGGCGGCACGGUGAUGCCGAUGUAUAAGGUCUAUUCAUAAUACGCAUAUUCGCCCACACACACCCACCCACACACACGCACACACCAAUAUGUAUUAUGUAUUAUUGUGUCACGUUUGGGAUAAGUCUUUACAUGUGGUUGCUAUGCGACCAUUUGGAGCGUUUUGCUAUUGUAUUGUGUAUUGAUAAUGACGCUCAAUAAAUAUUGCAAUAAAUAAAAGCGUGAAAGGUAGCUGCAAACCUAAAACCUCUUACAAGUGUGACGUAC